UUUUGUCAACUUUGCAGAAUUGCCUUUUUAAACGUAAGCAGAGUAACUGGCUGAAGUGUAAAUAAUAGUAGAAAACGUUCUCGAUAACAGGCUAAUUAAUUUGCCACACUAUAUAAAAUACCUUGUAGCGAAGAGCGAAACCAUUACAUUCCAUUAACGCAGUACUUAGCACUAGACUAACAGAAAGAUGUCUUCGGCUACGGUAAGAAAUGUGCCAUUGUUGGAGGACGACACUAUUCCAUUCGGCGAGGAGGAUGAAAUGCAGGAUAAGGAUGGCGGAGUUAAAAAAUAUGCACAUCCUUAUGUUACCUUUUUCCAUCUCUUCUUCCGUGGCGCUGCUGUGGUUGUGUAUAUGUUUUGCGGCUGGUUCAGCGACUCCUUUAUCACCAGCUUUGUAUUUGUUGUGCUAUUUCUGUCUGCUGACUUUUGGACCGUAAAGAAUAUUACGGGACGCUUGCUAGUUGGACUACGUUGGUGGAAUUACGUUGACGAUGAAGGCGUAUCACACUGGGUGUUCGAAUCCAAACAAGGACGUGUUAAUAAUAAUGAAGCACGCGUAUUCUGGUUGGGUUUGAUAUUAUUUCCCGUGUGUUGGGGACUCUUCUUUUUAGUAGCUCUUUUCGGUUUAAAAUUUAAAUGGCUACUGCUGGUAAUGAUAGCACUUGCACUAAAUGGUGCCAAUCUGUUUGGUUAUGUUAAGUGUAAUUUCGGUGCAAAUAAGGAUCUCAAUUCCGCAGCUACAGAUUUCGUCAAAACGCAACUGCUUAAAAAUGCCGUUGACAUGAUGACAAAACCGAAUGCACAACCACCCACUACGAGACCAACUAAUAUUGUUUAGAAGGUGUUUACCAAUAAAAUUGUGUAAACUUAGUAUUAGAUAAUUUUCAAUUUGUUGUUUUUUAAAUGUACUAUGUAUUUCAAUUUUUAUUUUUUAUUAAAACUAUUUCAAAUAUGUGCAUAAAUUA